AAAAAUGAACAAAUGAUCUUUAGUGUCAUUGUUUAGUGAUAGGGAUUUCUAAUGUUUGAUAAUCAUUUUAAAGUUUAAAAUAAUAUAUCUCAUAACUGUAACUGAAAUAAUUGUCUUUUUCAUAACUAUUUUUAAAAAUCUUUCUAUUAAAAAUGUUUUCUUCAAAAGUUAUUGGAAUCACCAAAAUAACUAGAUGCACUUGGACGAAUAUGAAUAAUGUACAAAUGUUACUUACAAACUCCAUGCGUUUUUCUACUUCUAGUAUCAAAGAUCGUUAUUAUACAGAUAAACAUGAAUGGAUUGAUGUAAACAAUAAAAUUGGUACUGUUGGAAUUUCACAUUAUGCUCAAGAUGCUUUAGGUGAUGUAGUAUAUGCUGAACUGCCUGCUGUUGGAACAGAAGUCAAAAUAAAAGAUGAAUGUGGUGCUUUAGAAAGCGUGAAAGCAGCAAGUGAAUUAUACAGUCCCGUUUCAGGCAAAGUUGUCGAGAUAAAUUCUCUAGUGGAAACAAAACCAGCAUUAAUAAAUCAGUCCUGUUAUAAAGAUGGAUGGCUUUUCAAAUUGGAACUUUCUUCUGAAGAAGAAAUAUCAAAUCUAAUGAAUGAAGAGCAAUAUGGUGAAUUCAUUAAACAAGAUCAUAGUUAAUGUUAAAUUAAAUAUUAAUUUUUUUUAGAAAAGUAUAGAAUGUUAUUAUUUGUUAAAAUUAAUAAUUUAUUU